AUGGCAAAAAUCCCCUAUGCUUCGGUUGUGGGAAGCUUGAUAUAUGCACAGAUUUGCACGAGGCCAGACAUUAGUUUUGCAGUUGGCAUGCUUGGGCGUUACCAAAAUAACCCAGGGAUGUCUCAUUGGAAAGCAGUAAAGAGGGUAUUACGAUAUCUACAAGGAACUAGGGAUUACCAGCUUACCUUUAGGAGAACUGACAACUUAGAGGCAACUGGAUACUCAGAUUCUGAUUUUGUCAGUUGUUCUGAUAGUAGGAAAUCUAUUUUUGGAUAUGUUUUCCUACUAGCCAGUGGAGCGAUCUCAUGA